UUUUUAUCUCUCCUAACAAAAAAACAAAUGCAGGGGAAAAACGGAGUAGUUAAAAAAACAGUACUGUAGAAUAAAGUCUGAUUAGCAACUCAUUUAAUAAUUUAUUGAACCCAAUAUUAUAUCCUCAUAUUCCCCUGUAUAUAUAUAUACAUCUAUCCUUGAAAGGGUCUUUGCACCAUCUGAAUCUCUCUCUCUCUCUCUCUCUCUCUCUGUUCCAAAUUAAUUAAGAUGCCGGGCAUUGCCUUUGGGAGGUUUGAUGAUUCCUUUGGCUGGGGAUCUAUCAAGGCUUACCUAGCUGAGUUCAUUUCGACACUGCUCUUUGUGUUUGCCGGAGUUGGAUCCGCUAUAGCUUAUGACAAGGUGACAUCAGAUGCUGCCCUAGAUCCGGCGGGGCUAGUAGCCAUUGCUAUAUGCCAUGCAUUUGCUCUCUUUGUGGCAGUCUCCAUCGCGGCUAACAUUUCCGGCGGCCACGUAAACCCCGCUGUCACCUUCGGGUUGGCUCUGGGGGGCCAGAUCACCGUCCUCACCGGCAUCUUUUACUGGAUUGCACAACUUGUUGGCUCCAUUGUCGCAUGUUACCUGCUCAAAUAUGUCACCGGAGGCUUGGCAAUCCCAAUCCACAGCGUGGCCGCCGGCGUUGGAGCAGUUGAAGGAGUGGUUAUGGAGAUCAUUAUCACAUUUGCUUUGGUAUACACAGUCUAUGCAACAGCAGCUGACCCCAAAAAGGGCCCAUUGGGCACAAUUGCCCCCAUUGCCAUUGGUUUCAUUGUUGGAGCCAACAUCUUGGCUGCAGGCCCAUUCUCCGGCGGGUCAAUGAACCCGGCGCGCUCUUUCGGGCCUGCAGUGGUGAGCGGCGACUUCCACGAUAACUGGAUCUAUUGGGUUGGGCCUCUUGUCGGCGGGGGCGUGGCUGGAUUGGUCUAUGCAAAUGUGUUCAUGCAACAUCAACAUGUUCCCCUGUCCAGUGACUUCUAAAUUGGGAGGAAAUUCUUGUGCUGUUAAAUCCAUUUGUAAUAAAAGAAGAGAUUCUUAUUUAUUUUCCUUUUUUUUUUUCCUUCUUUUUCUCUUUCUUUCAGUUUGGGUUUCAUGGUCAGUUCAAAAAAAAAAAAAAAGGUUUGGGUUUCAUGGUUUAUUUCAUGUUGUGGAUCUUGUGGUUCAAUGCUGUUUUUUUCCUAAAAGAGAGAUGCACGAAGUUGGUGGAAUUCAACCACUUUUUUGUCAUUCUUGUACUAAUUUUAUGGGAUUCUUCUUGUUAUUGGGUCA